AUGGCUGCAUCGGUUGAGGCCCAGCCUUCCGUCGACGAUCUGGAAGCAGCAUUGAAGGAGCUCGCAGCCAUGCUCAAGCUGUCGACGGUCGAGGCUGUCCGACGGGAUCUUCAGAAACUGCAGGCCUCCUACGCCUCAGAGCUGGCUGCGGACAGAGCAGCGGGAGCACCGCAAGGCCGAGGCAAAGAGACCACCGAGACUGGCUCCGAGAGCACGGAGACAGAAGCAAAGCGUGUGGCGUGGCGAGAGAAGAUCUCGAAAUAUCUCAGUGGACAGGACGAUGCCACCCAGGCCGCCAUGAUCCAGAGGGAAUCGGAAGUGUGGGAAGAAGAGGACAAGCUGCCGGUCACCCUGCUGAGCGGCUUUCUGGGUGCCGGAAAGACAACUUUGCUCACGCAUGUUCUGAACAAUCGCGAAGGCAUGCGUGUGGCUGUGCUUGUCAACGACAUGGCAUCCGUCAAUAUCGAUGCAGAUCUCGUAAAGGAUGGGGUCGAGCUACAGGAGAACAAGGACAAAAUGAUUGAGCUCCACAACGGCUGCAUCUGCUGCACCCUCCGCGAAGACUUGAUGGAAAGCGUCAAGUCCUUGGCAAUGGAGAAGCGUUACGAGCAUUUGAUCAUCGAGAGUACGGGAAUAUCGGAGCCGAUGCCGGUGGCCACAACGUUUGCCGCUGCCGACGCGCAAGGUCGUCCCUUGCUGGGAGGAGUCGCGCGUUUAGACACGCUCGUCACGGUCGUUGACUGCAGAAACUUUCUGAAGGAUUAUUGCUCCAGCGACAAACUGGUCACCAGGGAGGAGCUGGGGGCUGAGGAAGGGGACGAGCGAAGCAUUGUCAACUUGUUGGUGGACCAAGUGGAGUUCGUGAAUGUGAUAAUCCUCAACAAGACAGACCUCGUUAGCGCUGUGGAGCUGGGUCGCUUGAAGGGAAUCGUGAGGAAGCUAAACCCGAAGGCUCGCAUGCUCGAAAGCCAAUAUGGGAAGGUGAGCCCAGCGCUGCUCCUGAACACGCACAGCUUUGACAUGAGGGAAGCAAGCAUGGCACCUGGUUGGGCACAGGAGCUGAUGGGAAAUCACCACAAGCCGGAGACGGAAGAGUACGGCAUCUCCAGCUUCAUUUACCGUGCCGACAGGCCCUUCGACCCCGAGCGUCUGGCGAGCAUGUUGCAGACUUACUCCUUCCCUGGCGUGCUACGCUCCAAGGGCUACGCCUGGUCCUUUGGCAACUCGGAGAAUGCAAUCGAGUGGAGCUCGGCGGGUCUCACGGCGGAUCUCAAGCCAGGUCCCAGGUGGCUGGUGGUCACUACACCACCAGACCAGUGGCCCGCUGAGGCCCAGAAGAGGUACAAAAACAAACCUUUCGGUGACCGACGUACUGAAAUCGUUUUCAUCGGUGCCGACAUGGUCGAGUCCGAGGUCCGUGAAGCGCUCGAUGCUUGCCUGCUGUCGCAGCAGGAGUUCCAGGCACAUUCUGUCGACAAAACUGGGGCACGUCAGAGGUCGUGA